AUGGCCCCUACAUCUCCUCCCCCCGCGGAUGGCGCCGAAUCCCGCGUGAGCGACGCCAAACACGUCGAACAAGGCCUGCAAAAGCCGCACGUAGAAGCCGAGGAUGUGCAGCAGCAGGACCCCGAGAUAUACCUGGAGGCGUUGGCCCGGUAUCCGAACGACGAGUCGAUAGACCAGGCCGAAGAGAAGCGGCUCCUCCGCAAGCUUGAUAUGCGGAUCCUGCCGCUGCUUGGAGUCUGCUACUUCUUCUACUACGUCGACAAGACUACAUUAUCAUACGCUGCCAUAUUUGGCGUGAAAGAGGGCAUCCAUCUCAAGGGCGAAGAGUACUCGUGGCUUUCGAGCUCCUUCUACUUUGGGUGGCUCAUCUGGGCCAUCCCCUCCAACUUGAUCAUGCAGCGCUGCCCCCCCGCGUGGUAUCUCUCGUUCAACAUAUUCAUGUGGGGGGCCCUGCUCAUGGCCCAGGCCGCGGCUCACAACUUUGGCGGUCUCCUCGCUCUCCGGGUUCUCAGCGGAGCGUUUGAAGCCAUUGCGGACCCUGCCUUUAUGCUGAUCACCUCCAUGUACUACACCCGUUCCGAGCAGCCCUCGCGUAUAGCAGCAUGGUAUGCCUGGAACGGACUUGGGGUUGCCGGUGGCGGCCUCAUCGGCUACGGAAUAGGACAUAUCAAAGGCGCGCUCUCAUCGUGGCGCUACGAGUUCCUCGUCGUCGGCGCCUUCUGCUCUUUCUGGGCCGUCGUCCUCGUCCUCCUGCUACCCAACUCCCCGCGGACUAUCUGGGGCUUCACUCACGACGAGAAACUCAUCAUGAUCGCCCGCAUGAGGCGCAACCAGACAGGCAUCGAGCAGCGCCGCAUCAACUGGGGCCAGAUCAGGGAGGCCUACGCCGACUACAAGACCUGGCUCUUCACUCUGCUGGGGUUCAUGUCCAACGUUCCCAACGGUGGCAUCUCCAACUUCUCUACCCUGGUCAUCAAGGGCCUUGGCUUUGGGACCCUCGAGACGGCCCUGCUUGGCAUCCCACAGGGCUGCCUCGUCGUCAUCUGGAUCGGGCUUGGUGCCUUGGCGAACAGGCACUUGCCUGCCAACAGCCGAACGCUCGUGUGCGCUUUAUUCAUGCUGCCCACUAUUGGCGGUGCGCUUGGUUUCCUCCUUGCUCCCGAUAACGCAUACGUUGGCCGGUUGAUAUGCUUUUACCUCACCGGUUCUUAUCAGGCCUCAUUUGUUCUCUCUCUAUCUCUCAUAACCUCCAAUACCGGUGGCCAGUCCAAGAAGAUGAUUGUAUCCGGCAUGAUCUGGUUCGGCGCUUGUAUCGGAAACAUCGCAAGCCCGUUCUUCUACAAGGUUGAUCAAGCUCCUUCCUAUCACCUGGGUAUCGGCUCGCUUCUAGUAGCCAACUGCAUCGAACUAGCCCUCUUUUUCCUUUUUCGGUAUGCCUAUAUCUGGGAGAACAGAAAGAAGGAAAGGCUGCGAGCGGAGAUGCGCGCAAAUGGGAACUAUGGGGCCGAUGAGCUCAACGUGACAGCGUUCACCGACUUGACAGACAAGGAGAACCCCAACUUUGUAUAUGUUUAUUAG